AUGUCGUCCGGCCAGGACGAGCCGCCGACCAAGCCCUGCCACAACUGCCGUCGUCGCAGGCUCAAGUGUGACCGCUCUCUGCCGGGUUGCCAGAAGUGCAUCAAGACGGGCCAGGAAUGUCUCGGCUACGGGAAGCUGUUUUUGUGGAACCAAGGCGUGGCGAGCCGCGGGAAGAUGAUGGGCAAGAGCAUACCCAUCCAAACUCCAAAGCCGCCGCGUCGCCAAGACGACACCAUGGCAGUUGUUAGCAAUACAUUGAUGGGUCCAACCCCAUCUCUAAUAGAUCCCAUCUUUCAAGACCUGGGCCAUUCGUCUCGACUCUAUCUUUCUCACUUCGCCGACGAAUUCUGCAAGGCUCUCGUGACAUACGACAUGCCCAACUUGAAUCCCUUCCGCGACCUCAUUCCGCUGACCCGAGAGCACGCCGUCCUGCUGCACAUGGCCAUUGCCAACUCGGCCGUCCACAUGGCUAACCGCUACGCCAUGGAAACCCAGAGCGCCGCGGUGACGGCGCAGUCAUUAAAAGGCUUCGCAGUCGGCCAAAGCGUCAUCCAAACGCAACCCCUCCAGGUACUAAACGGCCAGGCAGCCCGGUUCUACCACGACGCCCUGGUCGCGAAGCAGAAGGCAUUGCAGCUUCUGCGGCACGCGCUGCAACACGUCAAUGCGGGCAAUCGCGACGUCCUUCUCGCAGCCAUCCACCUCUUCGCCAACUUCGAGCUCAUCACCUCCGGGAAGGGCGAUUGUAUUGUGCACGUCGAGGGCGCCAGGAGGCUGAUAGAAUGCUUCGGCACCGAGAGCUCCCCGAUGAUGGGCAAGCUACGAGAUUACCUCAUUUCCGACUGUUUGACCUUCUACAUCCUCGGCUCGACUGUGGUAUCGUCACGUUCGAGAGCGAACGCGAGCCGUCACUUCCAGUACGUCCUCCCGCUGCUAGAACGCGCCGAGUCCAACAGCUACCUGUCGUGUCCGGCCGUGCUCCUGCAAAUCAUGCUCCUGGCCUCGUACCUGAGCGGCGGGCAGUCGACAUCAGCAACAGAAGAGCAGCAGCAGCCACUCUCCCUCGAAGCCGAGGCAGCAGCACUCCUGCAGCGCGCACAGUCCUUCGACGUGCACGCCUGGGCGCAAGGCGUGCAGGGCAUCUCAUCCGACCACGACGACUUCGAGAGCCGGGUGCACGUGGCGUCGGCGCACAAAUCGGCCAUCUGCCUGUACAUCCACCGGGCGGUGCCGACGGCGGUGCUACUCGACGGCGAGCAAACCGAGAUGCUCGUGUCGGACGUCAUCGGGCACCUCGCCCUCAUCGGCCGCGACGACAACCUCAUCAAGGGCACCGCCUGGCCCACCUUCGUCGCGGGGGCCGAGACGGCCGACCCCGCCCGCCGCGCCUGGAUCGCUGACCGUCUUGUUAUGUUGUGGCGCAUCAUGCUGUGGGGAUACCUGCCCACCGCCCUCGAGACCCUGCAUGUCAUCUGGGGAACUGAUGAUGACUGCCCCAACGGCGAGGCGGGCGUCAGGGAAGGCUGGUUGCAGAAGCUGAAGAGGUUGGGGAUCGAGUGGAUGAUUGUUUGA